AUGGUGAUGUCAUGUGGUGUGCUCCUAAACACAGCAUACGACUGCCCGGCACCGAGUCUAACCAACGGGCUCAUCAACGGCGAUGCGCCUCACUACACCGCUGCCUGUAACAAUGGAUUCAGGCUAGCCGGGCGCCCCAAUGUAACAUGUGAAAGUAAUGUGAACACGACAACCCUUCCUACUUGCAUAGUAAUCCAUUGCCCGCGUCUGAGCAUCAGCAACGCCCUAUUCAACUCAACUGCAACAGCAUCCGGCGUGGUCGUGACAGUAGCAUGCUCCUCUGGCCAUCAGCUAAUCGGGCCAAAAACAGCAAUAUGCAUGGCGGGUAGCUGGUCCACGCUACCGAUUUGUACAAAUGCAACAUGCAGUGCUUUGCCGAGCAUCGCUAACGGUGCUAUUGUGAAACACAGCACAGUGCCAUUGACCACAGGUGCUGUCGGAUUCGUCAGAUGCAAUGAAGGGUACAAGUUAGAAGGGCGUAACAUGGUAAUCUGCCAGUCCAGCAGGCGCUGGUCACGAAGACCUGAAUGCAAAGAGAUAACAUGUCCGCGCCUGUCGUUCGGUCCCAAGAGUGCAAAUGUAUCAGCUGGAGGCACUGCUUUCCUGGAAAUCCGGCACUUUUCCUGCCAUCUUGGAUACGAAAUGACAGGUGCUAGUGCUAUCGUGUGUGGACCGAAUGGAAGAUGGUCGGCAAAUCCACCAAUUUGUACCAAAAUAACAUGCGGCUCUGCACCGACCGCUCCCGCAAAUGGACAACUAUCCUCUGGUGAUGAUAGCGUUCCAUCAGUGCGCAUCUACUCAUGCCAACUGGGGUACAGACUUGUCGGUGUUGGCACUACCACCUGCCUUUCAAAUCGAACAUGGUCCGGGAGGCCACCAACGUGCGAGCCUCGACCCUGCCCUGGCUCACCGACUAUCGCCAACGCAGUGGUCAUACAUAACUCGUCAAAAUCCUAUGCGUACGGUGACAGCGUGUUUGUAGAGUGUAAUGAUGGGUACACUGGCAGUGACAAUAUCACAUGUACGGCUGCUGGGAAUUGGACCGAAUUGACAUGCAUUGCUCGCACGUGCACAAUGCUGGCCAAACCGAUCAAUGGAAUGGUUUAUGUGAGUGGAAACACGUCCGGCUCAGUAGCCUCAUUUACGUGCGAAGCUGGUUAUAACCUCAUAGGGCUGCCCGCUUUAACAUGUACAGAUAAUGGCCUCUGGUCUUCAAUCAAUCCCACCUGCACCCGAGUUACUUGUCCGCCGUUGCAAAACUUCACGAAUGGCUUUCUGGUAACGGGAGGUGAUGACUUUCAAUCAGUGCGAGAAUACAAAUGCCAAGAUAGAUUUGUCUUAUCCGGCUAUGCAACAUCGACGUGUCUUCUGAACGGAACAUGGUCAUCAACAACACCCAUUUGCUAUCCGAUGGUUACAUGUCCAGCCGUAACUAUCACCAACGGCUUGUCUUACCCUGGUCAUGUGAGUGUAAACAGCGUGCGAUCUGUCGUCUGCAAUGACGGUUAUCAGCUGAGUGGCGACAAGGCAAUGGUUUGCAUGCCGGCAGGCAACUGGUCUAAUGUUCCACGAUGUACAAAGAAAGCAACAUGUGCCAUGAUUCCGGUCGGGGAUGGUAAUCUCACACUGUCUUCAACUGAAGUGUACAGUAUUGCUCAUGUGACAUGCAAUAGAGGAUACAAAGUCAAUGGAAGUAGCAUCAUUGUCUGUCUGUCCAAUGGGAGCUGGUCUGACAGCCCAUACUGCGUUGAUAAAUCACGAACAGGCACAUUCAAUAAUGCGGCGGCGUCGAAGUCUACACAGAACCUCAUCAUGAUAAUAGCAUUCCCAAUACUGGCUGCAAUGGCGUUCGUCUUCAUCCUCCAGUUCACACGGCGACAUUGGUCAUGUACCCCAAGCCCUCCGGAUAAGCUCACACUUACCAACCGUACAAGUGCAGGUCCUUUUCAGAUGGAGGAACACAAAACUGCGGCUAACUCAAGUUUCAGAGCAACACCUGACUCCUUACGCACCACUCACUCUCAUUCAGGAAAGGAUGCUCGUUCGGCCAACCACUGGGCAAAGGUGAAAGGCUCCCUGCAUUCCGAAAGAGAAAAAUGCUCACGGGUAGAUUCGUUCUCUGCAGGCCAGACGGGAAAUGGGACCUCACAGGCGGAACUGUGCGCUCAGGACAGCAUAUACUCUAUGACAGAUGUGUACACUGGUGUGCCGAAUGGCAACAAGGAUGCUCAACGCAGCAGCCUCAGGAUUCGGCCCAGCAUGUAUUCCCAGUCGAAGAUGGUGCUCUCCCCACAGGCAUCCCGUGGAUCACCUUCUUCUCACGCUCUGUGCACACAGCAGAGCCUGAUCUCCCAUUCUGAUUUAUACUCUCAGGCGAGCUCAGCCCACGAGGACGGGGAGACUGAUGUGGGUGUUUACGCAGACACGCAACAGCAGGACAGCGGGUACUCCCCUAUAGUGAAAAGAACAUCUGGAGACGUUCACACUGACAAGCGGGCCACUCUUGUCACAAUGCACUCCCAGACUGAUGUCUACUCAGCAAUAACCAAGGGAACGGAUGUGGGUUGCUCUCAACUGGACAAGGACAUUGAAACUGACCUGCAGUCUCUGGACGACGUGUAUACUACAGUUGUGAAAGGCACGGGAACCCCAAUACACCGGACGUCCACCAGGAGACUCCCAGAACGCCGAAUUUCCAACGACACAGCGUCGUCAGCAAAAACUGACGACCUUAGCGCAUACGCCACUCUUGAUAAAGUCUUGCAAUGAGGCUGCACGAAGUAGCC